AACCGUGGCGGUUGCGGAGCAGGCAGCGCAGGCGGGCGGAGCAGAGCUGCCCGGCCCGGUUGCGGGCGAUGCCCCCGUGAGCCUCUCUCGCCGCCCCUCCCCGCCCCGCGCCCCUGCCCCUCGGAGGCCGCAGCGCGCCUGGGACCGGGCCGCGCCUUCCGCCGGGUCCGCGGGGCGGGGUCCCGGAGCACCUGCCCCGCCUUGCGGAGUCGCCUCGGCCAGCGGAGACCCCUCCCUGUCUGGACCCCGGCCCCACCUCCGGACUCUUAUCACAUCACCUCCUCCUGGAAGCUACCCUGAUUGUCUUCACCUCCUUUCUUGAAAACUAGUGUCUCAGAAGUUAACAGAAGGCUUGUGUAAAUGCCCUAGGUGUGUGCUGUUGGGAGGGGCACAGCCCCCUGUGAUGGGAACACCACAUUCAGAUUCAUCAGUUUGCAGGAGGACCCCUUCCACAGUCUGCCCAGGCUGGAGCCAGUUUUGUUCUGCCUGUUCUCAUUUUUGGCUGUGAAAACAACAGUCACGCUUACUGAAUAUUUACUCCGUGCCUGAUACCGUUCCAGGCACUUUCACCUGCGCUAAUUUAAUCCUUACAACAGUCCUACGAGGGUUGCCUGAGGCCCUGCCGCCCCGUGGAUCAUGUUUAACGGGGAGCCAGGUCCGGCCUCAGCUGCGGCCUCCAGGAACGUGGUGCGGAGCUCCAGCAUCAGCGGCGAAAUCUGCGGAUCCCAGCAGGCUGGGGACGGGACCGGGACCACCACCGCCAAGAAGCGGCGCAGCAGCCUCGGGGCCAAGAUGGUGGCCAUCGUGGGCCUGACCCAGUGGAGCAGGAGCACCCUCCAGCUCCCCCAGGCUGAAGGGGCCACCAAGAAACUGCGCAGCAACAUCCGGCGGAGCACGGAGACAGGUGUUGCCGUGGAGAUGCGGAGUCGGGUCCCUCGCCAGGGCAGCCGGGAGUCCACGGACGGGAGCACCAACAGCAAUAGCUCCGAUGGCACGUUCAUCUUCCCCACCACCCGGCUUGGAGGUGAAAGCCAGUUCAGCGAUUUCCUGGAUGGCCUGGGACCAGCCCAGAUUGUCGGGCGACAGACGCUGGCAACGCCACCAAUGGGGGAUGUGCACAUUGCCAUCAUGGACCGGAGCGGCCAGCUGGAGGUGGAAGUGAUUGAGGCUCGGGGCCUGACCCCCAAACCAGGCUCCAAAUCCCUCCCAGCCACCUAUAUCAAGGUUUACCUGCUUGAGAACGGGGCCUGCUUGGCCAAGAAGAAGACAAAGGUGGCCAAGAAGACCUGUGAUCCCCUGUACCAGCAGGCUCUGCUCUUUGACGAGGGACCCCAGGGCAAGGUGCUGCAGGUGAUCGUCUGGGGAGACUAUGGCCGCAUGGACCACAAGUGCUUCAUGGGCAUGGCCCAGAUCAUGCUGGAUGAGCUGGACCUGAGUGCCGCGGUCACCGGCUGGUACAAACUCUUCCCCACGUCCUCAGUGGCAGACUCUACGCUCGGCUCCCUCACCAGGCGCCUGUCCCAGUCCUCCCUGGAGAGUGCCACCAGCCCCUCAUGCUCCUAAGGACCUCAGGAAGAGGCCUGGAUGCAGUGUGGGAAGGGGUGCUGCCACCCCCCGUCUCCUCCCCUGUACAUAGUCUUCACGUCUUUCUGGACCCCUUGCCUUGCUGCAUGCCUGUUGGCUACUGGGCCUGUCCCAGCUGGCAGUGGAGACUCUAGUAUGUGUGCGUGUGUGUUUGUGUGUGUGUCUGUGUGUGACCAUGUUAGAUCUGUUCAUUUGUCUGGGUGUAUUUGGUCUUAGUGACUAUACGGGCUGAAAUCCAUGUCUCUUUGUGUCUCGUUGUAAAGAAACCCAAAGGAGAGUUGCGUGGACAGGACUCCCCUUGAGUCCAGGGGUGGAAGUGGGAGACGCAGUCAUUGGUCCAUCCCACCUGGUCCUAGGCUCAGGGCAGAGCCUGCGUGUCCCCGCCUGUGCCUGUUCUUGGUGGUCCCUGCUUAGUUUUCUGUCUUGUUCUUUGUUCCACCUCUGCCUCUCCCAGCGCCUCUGCUCUUUUUUGAGGAAUGUAGCGUCCACUGCAGCUGGCCACACCGAGGCCCCUCUGGGAACCCUGACACCCCUCCUCUUCACUGAGCACUCCGGCUGCUCUUCCCACCGAAUGCAUCCACAGCAUGUAGCAUCUCACCUAGCGCCCUGGCCAGGGCUCCGGGGGGCAGACGAUGCCGGGGAGCUGAGGGCUUAAAGACCGCUUUCUCCCUCGGGCUGGCGCCACCUCCUUCCUACAAGUGAGAUUCAAGGAGGUGUCAGUUCCCAGGGUUGCAGGCCAGGUACCUUGGAGGAAAGUGCUGGUACCUCCCUUAGAAUUGUUCACCUCCUGUUUCCCUCCAAGCCUCCUCACCUGCGACAUGCCAAAGGAGCUCUCCCAGUGGACCCCAGGUGGUGUGGAGUGGACGGUCUUGACAUGCAAGAGGUUGGCCUCAUAGGGAUGUUACCUGCCAAAGUGGGCAGCCCCUGGCGGCACCUGUGUCCAUCCCAGGCCCUGAGGGUGGCCCUGUGCCCCUCUGGGCUCGUCCUGGAGGGGCCUGGCUUGUUGAGGAUGUGCCCAGGGCAGGGCUGCUGGCAGGAAUGAGGAGGGCUGGGGCUGACUUGCUCUGAGAAUCCUGUCCAACCUUUGGGGAUUAGCUGCAUGAAGUUGAUUAUUAGGGGCUCUAUUUUUUUUUUUUUUUUUUUUUUGCUCUUU